CGUCUCUACUCUAGGGGGAAGCGACCAUCUCUCAGGUAGACACUAGUGCGCACAAAGGAAAAACUGGGCAUCCAGCGUGGAGGCCGCGGACUCAAACGAAAACACGACACGGAUCCCUGGCGCCCAAUCGCCCCUUCCCGGAGGGUGGCAAUCGCAUUUCUCGCGAGAUUUCUCGUCUUGCCGGGAUCGCGAAGAUGAAACCUCGCGGCUUUCCAGAGAAAGGGUCCGAAAGGACAGCUCCUGCUAACCCUACUUUACGGAACCUUCGAGAGCCUAGAUCCCGCAGCCCCUCAUCCAGUACCUUCCAUCUUUUUCUCCCCCACCCCCUCCCAUCUCUCAGUUCUAAGGACUUCCGGAGCCAGACCGGAACCGGAAGUUCCUGGAAGCGAGGGGGUGGGGCCGAAAGUCAAAAAAAGCGCGGUGAAAACUGGACAGCCAAGCUGGCCGGGUGGUGGUGGUGGUGACUCCCUGGCAGUCCCGUGGCGGUUCCGGAUGGACUCCACCGCCUGCUUGAAGUCCUUGCUCCUGACCAUCAGCCAGUACAAAGCCGUUAAGUCGGAGGCGAACGCGACCCAGCUUUUGCGGCACUUGGAGGUAAUUUCUGGACAGAAGCUCACACGAUUAUUUACGUCAAAUCAAAUAUUACCAAGUGAAUGCUUGAGUUGUCUUCUAGAACUACUUGAAGACCCAAACAUAAAUGCACCACUGAUCUCCAGUAUCAUCAGUUUGUUAUCUCAAUUAGCUGCAGACAAUGAAACAAGAGACUAUCUUCAGAAUACAUAUAACCUGAAUAAUGUGUUGGCAGGAGUGGUAUGUCGGAGCAGCACUUGCCACAGUGAUUCAUUGUUUUUGCAGUGCAUUCAACUUCUGCAAAAGUUAACAUAUAACGUCAAAAUUUUCCAUUCUGGUGCAAAUAUAGAUGACUUAAUUACAUUCCUGAUAGAUCAUAUUCAGUCUUCUGAAGAUGAAUUAACAAUGCCUUGUUUGGGAUUAUUGGCAAAUCUUUGUCGACACAAUCUUUCUGUUCAAACACACAUAAAGAGUUUGAAUAAUGUGAAAUCUUUUUAUCGAACUCUUAUAAGCUACAUGGCCCAUAGUAGUUUAACUGUAGUUGUGUUUGCACUUUCAAUAUUAUCCAGUUUGACAUUAAAUGAAGAGGUGGGGGAAAAGUUGUUCCAUGCUCGAAACAUUCAUCAGACUUUUCAGCUAAUAUUUAAUAUUCUCAUAAACGGCGAUGGCACACUAACCAGAAAGUAUUCAGUUGACCUACUGAUGGAUCUCCUUAAGAAUCCUAAAAUUGCCGAUUAUCUUACCAGGUAUGAGCACUUUUCUUCAUGUCUUAAUCAAGUAUUAGGUCUUCUUAAUGGAAAGGAUUCUGAUUCUUCCUCAAAGGUUUUAGAAUUACUUCUUGCCUUCUGUUCAGUGACUCAGCUGCGCCAUGUGCUCACUCAGAUGAUAUUUGAACAGUCUCCCUCUGGCAACACUGUUCUGGGAAGCCGUUCUAAAUGUGUAGAACCUACUGUAGCUCUUCUUCGAUGGUCAAGCCAACCCUUGGAUGGAUCAGAAAACUGUUCUAUUUUAGCAUUGGAACUAUUUAAGGAAAUAUUUGAGGAUAUCAUAGAUAGUGCUAACAGUUCCUUAGCUGACCGUUUUGUGACCCUUCUGCUGCCUACAGUCCUUGAUCAGCUUCACUUCACAGAUCAAAAUCUAGAUGAGGCCUUAAUAAGAAAAAAAUGUGAAAGGAUGAUCAAAGCUACUGAAGUUUUGCUAACUCUAUGUGGAGACGAUACUCUAAAAGUGCAUGUUGCAAAAAUUCUGACUACUGUCAAAUGUUCCACUCUGAUAGAACAACAGUUUACAUAUGGCAAGAUUGAUCUGGGUUUUGGAACAAAGGUAGCUGAUUCUGAAUUGGGCACGCUUGCUGCUGAUGUGAUUUUGAAAACUCUUGAUUUGAUGAACAGACUUAAGCAUUUAGUUCCUGGUAUGGAAGUAAGCUUCUACAAAAUCCUUCAGGAUCCACGCCUGAUAACUCCUUUGGCUUUUGCUUUAACAUCAGAUAAUAGAGAACAAGUCCAGUCUGGACUGGGAAUAUUAUUGGAAGCUGCUCCACUGCCAGACUUUCCUGCUUUAGUACUUGGAGAAAGUAUAGCAGCAAACAAUGCCUAUAGACAACAGGAAACAGAACAUAUGCCCAGAAGAAUGCCUUUGCAAUCAUUAAAUCACAGUUUUCCAACAUCAGUAAAAUGUUCAACUCCUCCAGUCUUGAAAGAUAAAAUGCCUGGAUUGAACAUUGAGGACUUAAUAGAGAAACUUCAGUCUGGAGUAGUGGUAAAGGAUCAGAUUAAUGAUGUGAGACUAUCUGACAUAAUAGAUGUAUAUGAAAUGAAACUCUCUACAUUAGCAUCCAAAGAUAGCAGGCUACAAGAUCUCUUGGAAGCAAAAGCUCUAGCCCUUGCACAGGCUGAUAGACUGAUUGCUCAAUAUCGCUGCCAAAGAACUCAAGCUGAGACAGAGGCACGGACACUUGCUGGUAUGUUGAGAGAAGUUGAAAGAAAAAAUGAAGAGCUUGGUGCAUUGCUGAAGUCACAGCAGGCUGAAUCAGAAAGAGCCCAGAGCGACAUAGAGCAUCUCUUUCAACAUAAUAGGAAGUUACAGUCUGUGGCUGAAGAACAUGAAAUACUGACAAAAUCCUACAUGGAACUUGUUCAGAGGAAUGAAAUUACUGAAAAGAAAAAUAAAGAGUUGCAGAUCACAUGUGAUUCUCUGAAGAAACAAAUUGAGACAGUGAAAAAGUUGAAUGAGUCACUCAAGCAACAAAAUGAAAAAACUGUUGCCCAAUUAAUAGAAAUAGAAGAACAAAGAAAAGAAGUACAGAACCAACUAGUAGACAGAGAAUGUAAACUAGCAAACUUUCAACAAAAAACAAAAAUACAAGAAGAAAAAAUUAAAGUCUUACAAAAAGAAAGAGAAGAUAAGGAAGAGACCAUUGAUAUCCUUAGAAAAGAAGUAAGCAGAUCGGAACAUAUAAGAAAAGAAUUGAGCAUUAAGGCUUCCUCACUAGAGGUUCAAAAGUCCCAAUUAGAAAGUCGUUUGGAAGAGAAAGAAUCGCAAGUAAAACUUCAGCAAGAGGAGUUGAACAAACACUCUAAUAUGAUAGCAAUGAUCCACAGUUUAAGUGGUGGAAAAAUAAACCCAGAAACUGUAAAUCUCAGUUUAUAGACAUUAUAUAUUUAUCUCCUGGUGAACAUGGGGCGGAAGAGAUAAUUUCUGACUCCACAAAAAAGCACAUUAUUAGCUAAUUAUUAAUUUAAGUAAAGAAACUGAACUGAUACAUGAUUUAUUUGGUCUUAAAGUUUUACUUCCUGUUUUUUACUUCUUUUUGCAUAGAGUUUUCUUUGAUUCUUAAAUUAGAAUAUUAUUCUUAACCUCCUUUGUCUUUCCUAAGGCUUUUCUUUUGUAGCUUCCCACUCUCUUCUGCUUGUUUAAUUUAGUCUUAUUCGUGAUUAUAUAGAUUUUAAAAAUCAAACUUGCUUGUUAUAACAAUCCUAAAGAUUAAUAAAUUGAAAAUGUGAUUAGUAAAAAGAGAAAAGGCAUGAUAUAGCCAGAGAACUCUUUCUCUAAAGUAAUACAAGAGAAAAUAUCAGUGAAUUUAAUAUAAUUUUAUUACUACAUUUAAAGUGCACAGAUAGCCUUAGCUGGUUUGGUUCAGUGGAUAGAGCAUCAGCCUACAGAUUCGAUUUCAAUCAAGG